AUGAAGAUCUUCCUCGCAACAUUCCUUGUCGGAUGCGCAUUGGCUGAAUUUACUCCUGAUUUCUCUGCGUUUCUAGCUAGCUAUUAUGGACCACAAGUCAGAGAUCAAAUGGAGCGGCGAGAUCUCGAAUCCAAAGGAUCAUUUGGUGGAAAAGCUGAACGAUCGCAGAGACUAAAGAACCAGCCUAUUGUUUUCGUGCAUGGCGUCUCGGAUACGGCCGGCGAAAAGAUGAGACAGGCGGCCAACUGGUUCAAGUGA